AUGGUGAAAAUGGUUGAAUUAAUAUCUUCUUCAGAUAAUAAUGAUAAUAUAGAUUAUGAUGAAUUUGGCUUAAAUGAAGAUGAUUUAUUAGUUGAAGAUGCAGUUGAAAAUGAAUCAUUUGAAUUACUUUUAGAGACAGCUAUUCAACCAUCAAUUUUAACCAGAAUGAUACGCUGUUCAGCUCAUACUCUGCAACUAUGUGUUAUAGAUGGUCUUAAAUCUACUAACAUUCAAAAUGUAAUUUGGAAAGCUAGAAAAGUUAUAAAACAUCUCCGUACACCAAAUAUAGCAACAUUAAUUAAAAUUCUUAAAUUAAAAAAGGCUAUUCUUGAUAUAGAACCUAGAUGGGAUAUUACCUACCUAAUGUUAGAACGUUUGUUGGAGUUAAUGCCAUUUUGUAUAGACCAUGCAAAUACAAAUGCAUUGUUAAAACUAAGUGUAAAUGAAUGGACAUCAAUUGAAAAUUUAGUAAAGUCACUUACACCAGUUAGAGAAGCUUCAUUGUCACUACAAAGACAAGAUAUCACAUUGGGUGAUUUUUACUGUACUUGGUUACAAACUCAAAAUAAACUUAAAAAUAUUGAUUCUACUGUUUCUAAUUCUAUUUAUCAAAUAAUGAUGGUUAGACAAAAACUGUUGCUAAAAAAUGAAUUAUUCUCUGCUGGUAACUAUAAAGAUCUUAGACUAUUUAUUUAG